AUGGGCAUACUCCCGUUUUGCAACGCAACAGCUGCCGAAAGAUUCUGUCAGUCGCCGAAGCGGACGCAGACCAAGCGAAGAACCCGCUACCAAGGCUCCCGCGAGCGCCGUCGGCGUGGUUACGUGUUCGCAAGCGGCAGUGUCUGCAGUCGCCGACGCUUUCUCAGUUACGUUUUCUCUUCUGCCGGUGUGCUACUAGGUCAGAAAGCUGCGAAUGCUGGUGCAACAACGACUACGAAGGUGCCCAGUCUGAAGGAUUUUCUGACCGAGCAAAUGCGCGGUUUGCACCAGUUUCAGUUGCCAAAUGGAGCGCGGUUCGUGGUGCUGGAGCGCUCCAACACACCGACUGUGAGCUUCAUCAGCUUCGUGGACGCCGGAGCUGUAGACGAAACCGACGGUAAAACCGGGAUGGCGCACUUUCUGGAACAUCUCGCGUUCAAGGGCUCUCGUCAGAUAGGCACGAAUAAUUGGGCGGCAGAGUCCCGUCUGCUCUGCGACUUGGAUCGACUGUAUGAUAAAUGGCAUGCCGAUCCUGAAGCAGUUCAUGAGCAGAUCAUGACACUUUCACGAGAGGCGGAAGCAUUCGUGGAUGAAAAUGCUUUCGGUCGACUCGUACAGCGGAAUGGCGGAAUCGGCCUAAAUGCAGCAACAGAAGCAGACACAACCCAAUACUUUUACAACCUUCCUGCGAAUAGAACGGAGUUGUGGUUUGCUCUAGAGUCUGAAAGAUUCAGAGAUCCAGUCUUUCGAGAAUUUGAGCGAGAACGUCGCGUUAUCCUCGAAGAACGCCUCCUUCGAGUAGAUAACGAUGACGUGGGCAAGUUCCUCGAGGAGUUUCUCGAGGUCGCCUUUGAAAAGCAUCCCUACAGACGCCCCGUGAUCGGAUACAAAGAGGAUAUACAACGGCUGGUUCCAGCUGAUGUGCGUUCGUUCUUUCGCGAGUUCUAUGUCCCUACUCGGCUUACAUUUGUCAUCGUCGGUGAUGUGAAGCACCAGGUGAUUCACGACCUGGCUGUUCGAUAUUUUGCAGAUCUUCCUGGGACGGGCGCUUCUCGACGGCAGAUACCCAGAUAUCCGCGGGAAUAUUCACCCCAGUCACCAAAGCACUUCCAGAUAGACCUCGCCUCGAAUCCCAUGUGUCUGGUCGCUUAUCACGUCCCACCAUUUCAGGACCCGGAUACAGCGGCACUACGCGUGCUUUCAGAUAUGUUGGAUGGCGGACGCCUCAGCCGCCUCUACAAGUUGUUCAUCGAAACAGGCAAGGCAUCUUCUGCAAACUUCAGUCUCGGGUUUCCCGGUGACAAGUACGUGAACCUGGGAAUUUUUUCCGCAUUGCCCAUACCGGGACAGGAUAUGCAACGGAUCGUUGAUGAAUGGCACACGGCCGCAGCGCACCUGCAGAAUCCAGCGAACAUCACAGACAAGGAACUAGAGCGAGUUCGAAAGCGAGUCCGCGUCUCCCUGCUGAACGCCAUUAUGAACAACAACGAGAUGGCUGGACUUUUGGGCAAAUUUGCAUUGAUGAAAGGCGAUGCUCGCGAACUAUUUCGUUUUCUCGAUCGGCUUGAGGCCGUAAGGCGCGAGGACGUUUCCAGAGUGGCAGCUUUGUAUUUGAAACCAGAACACAGCAUUACGGGUUUCAUGGUUUGA